AUGAACAUGCCCGGGGUGGCCGGCGUGGGCAGCACGAUGCAGGCGGAGAAGGCGGCAGCGGCUGCGGCAGCUUCCCCGAACGACGAGAAUGUGGAGAUGGAGGAUGCGGAACAUGAAGUCGACGACCUGGCCGCAAACAAACCAAAGAAGAAGCGCAGGGUGAUCAAGACAAGCGACAAGAAGUACGAAUGCCCGCAACCCGAUUGCGGCAAGUCAUAUUCGCGCGCCGAGCAUCUGUACCGCCAUCAGCUGAACCGUUCGUCCCUCCCCGCUCCCACUACCCACUACCCACUACCCACUACCACCACCAUUACCACUACCACUACUACUACCGCCGAAGCCUUUGUCGGGUGAGUAUGUGAUCGCUAACAUCUGAUUAGAUACGCCCAAGCAGAUCUACCACUGCGACUUUCCAGGAUGCGAUCGCCACUUCGUUCGCGCCGACCUGUGCGCGCGACACAAGGAACGCCAUACCGCCAAGGGCUCACACCUGCAGCGCAAGGACGCCUUCAUGAACAGCCAGCGCGUUGCCACCAACAACACCAAUCAUGCUUCCGGUGCCAAUCCGAACUCUGGCUCCGGGACGACUACAGCGAUGUCUCUAUCCCCCGUCGACUCGCAACAUCAUGUCGCCCAUCCGCCGUCGCAGCAAGAGACCUAUGCGCCUCCACCGACUGCUCAGCCAGUACAACCGUACUCUGCUCCAUCAGUACAACCGGAGCAGUAUUCCAAUCAAUCAGGCAUCAAUGGACUCCCACCCAUGCAGACUGGCGCUUUGUCAGGAGCAGUCGACGCUCAGAUGAGUCAGGCGAGCUCAUAUCCUAGCUACGCGACCAACUAUAAUGGACAAGCCGCCGCCAUGCCGCCGCCCCAGGCAGGCGCGAGGCGCUACAGCAUUGAUGAGCAAUACGGCAGACCGAGUCCCAUGGCAAAUGGCGGCUUACAGCAUCCGCCCUUGACUGUAGGACAGAUGCAUCCGCCACCCUUGUCCUCGUCGUCGACGGCAACUAUGUAUUCAUCCUACCAACCGCCGACGCCCGCACAGUCCGAAUACAGGUCCCCUCCGACCAGCUCGUAUCCGACCUUACCAGCUCUACAGCCAUACGGCGUGCAACCAGGUUACGCGCCGCCCGGAUCAGGUAAUGCCCGAGCUGGCUCGACCAUGUCGCCUCCUACGAUGGGCACAAUGGAUCCAUUCCAAGUGUCGAAUUCUAGAACGAACAACAUGAUGGACUUCAACGUGCUCGAGCAGAUUGGGGCGGGAUACGCCAUGCCAGUCUUUGGUGGCGACGGCUUCCACCGGUCACCACAGUCAGCGUUGGACGACGCCCUGUUCAACCAGUUACUCGCCAGUGGGGAUAUUGAUCUUUCUGGAGCACCAUCGCCACCUCCAGAGACGACGUACGAAUCGCACAUGCCCAGCAUACCGAUGCCGAAACUAGAACCGGAGACUUGGAUGCCGGAACCCACGGGCAAAGACACUCAAUCGAACACUGCUCCGCCAGUCAUCGCGAUGGAUCUCAGCAUGCGGGAGAGCGUUGUCACCGAGCGCAGACAAGCCCGUCUGCUCGAGGUGGUACGGAACUUCGAGGACGUUGGAAGUCUGCCAUGCCGGAAGUCGAAGGAGGAGAUCCUUGCUGGCGACAUCUCCGACCCCAAUCAUCCCAUGAGCGUCAAUAUGUGGAAGACAUAUCUGACCAGCUUUUGGAUACACAUUCACCAGCAGAUGCCAAUCAUGCACAGGCCGACCUUCAAUGCCGAGACAUGUCCCGACCUGCUGCUCCUUGCUAUGGCUUGCCUCGGCGCCUGCUGUCUGGAGCGGACACACUCUCCGGAGCUCAUUAAACAUUGCGCAGAGCUUGCAUUCUUCUGCGCAUACCACAUCCGCUGGGAGGUGUUCAAGGAUGCCGAGUUCAGACCGACGGCAAAGCUGUGGACCUUCCAGACAAUGCUUCUGCUGGAGCUAUUUGAGAAGAUGUAUAGCACUCGGCCGCUGCAUGAGCGCGCGCAUAUCCAUCACGCCACGACACUCACGGUCAUGCGGAGAGGGUCCUCGCUCAUCGGACGAAGCACGUUUGACUCCCCAGACGGCGUCAAUGAUCCGACGAGGACGCCGCCAGGUCCGGAAGGCACCAUCAACACGAGCGGUCAAAACACACCCGAUGCCUGGUGGAAUCGAUGGAUCACAGCAGAAGCAACGCGACGUGUGGCGUUUGCGGCGUUCAUCAUUGACUCCACACACGCUACACUUUUUGGCCAUGCGGCGGUGAUGUCGCCACACGACAUCCGUCUUCCGCUGCCGUGCGACGAGGCUCUCUGGUCUGCGACAAGCAGCGCAGAGGUGCAACGGGUCGAGGCGAGCCUGGCAGCGAACGGCUUCAAGCCUGUGAGUUUCUUGGAGGGUUUGAAGAAGAUGCUCAACGGCCAGAAGGUGCGGACGAACAUCUUUGGUCGGGUCAUCCUCAUGGCAGGCCUGCUCAAUGUCAGCUGGCAUAUGAAUCAACGUGACCUGCAAGUCUCUUCCAUCGGUGCAUCGAACACGCUGGGCAACCCGACUCGCUGGCGUUCUCCCAUCACCCGCGCCUUUGAUUUCUGGCGAAGAGAUUUCGACGAGAGCCUUACAAAGAGCGAUUCCUGGCCGCAGGUCGCGAAUCCCGAAAAUCAGUCGAGGUGCCACUCGGACCACCGCGAUAAUGUCUUCGAGUCACGAACGUGCUUGCAUAGUCUGGCGCACAUGGCGAUGCAUGCCGACAUUGUGGACUGUGAGGUCUUUGCGGGCUCCGACCGGGCGCUCGGUCGCGUCGUGACGGAGGCGGAUCGGGCAGCGGUGCAGACGCGCAUGCGAGAACAAUGGGCACCGUCGGCUCGAGCGCGCGACGCAACCUUCUACGCCCUUCGCUUCCUGUGCGAGGUUCUCAUCCCCGACGGCGACUUGAGGGGGGAGAAGGCGCGCGGAUCGCCCUCUUUCACCUAUAGUGCCCGCGACGACUACCUGUUGAACCGACCGUGGAUCGUCUAUUUCGCGAUGCUCAUCGUCUGGUCGUACGGCUACGCGCUCGACGGCGCCAUCAACCCUCCCCACUUCAAGGUCAAGUCGCGCGAAUUGCAAGUGUACGACAUGCAGAACUACCUUAUCCGCAUGGGCGGCGUCGCGACGCCCGAGGAGCUGGAAGGCCUGCACGAUCGCAACGAAUGCGUGGGCAUGUUGAUCCUGCUGAGGGAUAUCUUCCGCCAACCGCGGUGGGAGCUUCUGCAUGAGGCGGCGGAUAUGUUCCAGCUCUGCAUCGAAUUGCUCUUGCCCGGGGAUCAGGAAGUCAAGGCUGCUGGUGGUGCAUCGUGA